CCUCUGCGAGCACUGGAGGCGCAUGCAUGAGUUUCACAGAAGGAAAAGCCAUGGCCGGGGAGAGGAAGCCGAGAUCUGCCUGGUUGUUGGCGUGCUUUGCAGGGCUUGUGCUCCCUUCCCUGACUCCGGCCUCCUCCUCGUCCAUCCGGAUGGUGAACCCCAGGAUCAUCACAUCUCCCAGAGGAAGCAAAACAUUCCGAUUUGAAACCCCCGAGAACCACGUGGUGGUCUACCACGAAGAAGGGGCGCAGUCCGUAUUUGUGGGAGCAGAAAACAAACUGUACAUCUACAACUUUGAGACCAACACCAGCCACACGGAGCCUUUUGAUGUCACGAGGAGUCCGCCAGACUGCAGAAAGGAGGACAACAAGAACUAUCUCACACUCUUGGAGAAGUAUGAAGACAAGUUGUUGAUCUGUGGAACCAAUGCUUGUAGUCCUACCUGCUGGAAUUGGGUAAACAAUACGAAGCAACUUCGGACGGAUGCUCAAGGUCUGGCUCCGUUUGGCUUAGACUCAAAUGCUCUCGUCCUUAUUGAUGGCAAAGACAUCUACUCCACGAUUAAGAAGCACCGGUAUAACGGGCGGAUUCCUCGUUUCCGCCGGAUCAAGGGAUCCACCGAGCUCUACACCAGCGAUACAGUCAUGAACAACCCGCAGUUCGUGAAGGCCGCCAUCGUAAAGCAAGACACGCCGGACAAUGACAAAAUCUAUUACUUCUUCCGAGAGGACAACCCAGACUGGCCAGGGAACUCGGUUGCCCCCAAAAUCAUCUCCCGGGUGGCUCAAUUGUGCAAAGGAGACAAAGGAGGCAGUGGCUCCCUGUCUUCUUCCAAGUGGACCACCUUCCUGAAGGCCACCUUGUUUUGUGUGGAUGAGGCCACCGACCGGCAUUUCAACCACUUGCAGGAUAUCGUUAUAGUCGAAUCUCCCGUUUGGUCUGAGACCAAGGUGUAUGGGCUCUUCUCGAAUGAAUGGGACUAUUCAGCAGUCUGUGUCUUCUCCGUUGGUGAGAUCAGCGAGGUCUUCCGAAAAUCACACCUCAAAGGCUACAAUGGAAAACUCCCCACUACCAGGCCUGGGCAGUGCCUGGGAAGAGAUGAGAUGACUCCCCAGGAAACCUUCAGAGUGGCAGACAGCUAUCCCGAAGUGUUGGACAAAGUGAAAAAGCAAGCUGUGUUUUAUAGCAAACAUCACUACCAGCAAUUGGGGGUCCAUCAAGUCCAGGCGGCUGAUGAGGCUUCUUACAAUGUCCUCUACUUGACCACAGACAGAGGAACCAUCCAUAAGGUGGUCCUGUUGCCAACGGGUGCCAUGAAUGUCCUGGAGAUUCAGCUUUUCCAGUCGUCUUCUCUUAUCCGAUCUAUGACUGUGGACAAUACGAGGAACGAGCUGUUUGUGGUUUCCACAAGCACGGUGGUCCAACUGCCCCUGGCCAUGUGCAAAGCGUAUAAGGACAGCUGUGAGAGCUGCGUCUUGGCCAGAGACCCCCACUGCGCAUGGACCGGGGACACAUGUGCUUCCGUUUAUGACCGAGAACAAUACGGAAAUAGGACGCUGUUGCAGGCUCUAACUCAUGAAGUCUCGCCGGAUAUUUGCGCAUCUUCAAACCACAGCAGCACAAAAGAAGAUGACACCAACCACCAUGAGAACAUCAUUGUGCCACCUCAUGCCCGCUAUUACCUGAAUUGCUCUGUCCAGUCCCACCACGCCAAUUACACGUGGAUCCACGAGGGCCAGAGCAUUGCGCAUUGCAGCGCAGGCCACCAUCAUUGCAUCCACUUCAUUGACAACAUGACAGAUGGCUUCUAUGGGACCUAUUCCUGCGUUUCCCAGGAGGAUUGGUUCAACGAGACGCUUGUGACUGAGUAUUUGGUCAGGCCCUCUCCUGAGACAAUGAUGUUCAAGAGCUUGCCACCUGGGAGUUGGGCCACCAAGUCAUCUUUAUCCUUCUGGUUGGGCUUGCUGAACAUGGUAGCCAUUGCUACGAUCAUCCAAUAAUGAAGGACUUUCUGGUUUCUUACAUCGGUGAUCACACAGUGCCUGGCGUAUCUUACUUUCUCUUCAUUUUUUGUCCUGCAGAAGCUAUUUUUCAUCUCAAUAGCAAGCUGGCAACUGCCUGUAGCAAGCCAACUAUCCAUAAUCGAUUUUCUAGGAAGAGAAAGAGUGUAGAAAUAUCUUAGAAGCCUCCAUGUCAAGAUACAUCAUGAGAAUCUAAUACUAAUGAAGACACAGAAGAAUCUUAGAUCGGAUUGUCCAGAUAUUGCACUUCAAUUCACAUUAUAUUUGUGGUUGGGGUCAGAUGUGAAUUGGAGCCCAAGAACAUCUGGAUGGUCCACUAUCUGGAACAUCUAGAUCUCCAGUAGGACAGAGAGAAUAACUGAGGUGGUGUGGAAAGAUCUGGAGAAGGUCCACUUUGGUGGCCAUCAGCAAUGGUCAUAUUCUGGAUGGUUGGGUUUUGGAACCUAAGGCGGAAUGACUUCAUGAUGGUUCAGGAGAAGCAGAAGGUUAAGGCCAAGGCAAUGGGGCAUAAAUACCAUCCAUGGUCAAAGUCUGGGAGAACUCGAAAUCAAUUUGGUGAGCAGAGCAGAGGAUAUGAAGGUGGUCAUCAUGCAUGAUGGUCUGCUCCAAGCAUGGAGAACAUGUGUUCCCGUCUUGAUAUUUCACAGUUAACUCCCAUAAACCCAUGCAAAUGUAAACAAAGGGGAAAUAAUGGAAAUUGCAAUCCAGCAAACAUCUCGUCCCUAUUUUAUUAGAACCUUCUACCAUCUACUGGCUAUAUUUGUAAAGCCAUUGAGUAUCUUUGAACAUAAGUAAGCCAUAUUAAUUAAUUCCCCGGAUACAUCUUAAUGCAUUGAUACAUUUGGCCAGGUCAAACUAUUGGAAAGCAUUAAAUAAUCGAUUGCAAACCGAUCUGCAAUUUCCCAAAUCUCCCAAUGACCACAGUGUCUGGGGAUUCUGGGACUUGUAGUAUAAUAAAAGGACCUUCUCCUUAGCUAUGAUCCAGGAUCCAUCCUCUGCUUACUGCUGUCCUAUAUUGUCCAUAUUGCAAAUAUCUACUGUUGUGAGUUUGGCAGUUUCCAGACCUUCUUGUGUAUUAUUAAAAGCACUGAGCUCAAGGGAAGCUUCCCACACCAAUAGGUCACAGAUGUUCGGAAAUCCUUUGUCUUUUUUUUUUCCAAUGGGGUGGAAGGAUAUUUAUUUAUUUAUUGUAUUAUAUACAUUAAAAAAAAAUCCGGACCAAUGCUCUGGGGAGAAGACGGUGGAAACGAACCAAAUAAAAUAUGGAUGUAAAGGCAGAUGUUCCCAAACACACCGACCGACCAACUCAGCCUCCUCGGUUGUGUUGCAUGUUGAAGAUGAUUCCAAACUUUUGCGAAAUGAUGACAGUAUAAGUGAAACAUGUCUUGACAUUCCAGGAAAUGUUAUAAUUUUGGCAUCUUUUGCCCGUGCCUGGUAUAAACUGUGAACUGUAUGUGUUUUCCUUUUGGGUGGCCAGUGAGAAGACGGUCUUUUCAUCCUUUUCCUUAUACCAAGGACACACUAGUGUUGCACUACAAUGUUUUUCACAUAUCAUUUUGAACAUUCCUUUUUGUUUCAUUCCCUUCAAGCACUUUAACUGAAUGUAUAUAUUAUUGAUGCAAUGGGGGGAGGAUGUAGUCCCACUUGUUUGUAUUCGCCUCGUGGUGUUGUUGCAAGAGAAUUAUUUCUAGAAAUGCUUUUUUUUUAUACCGGAAAUAAAACUUUGUCAAACUUGA